AUGCCUUCCGACAUGCGCCCACCCUACCACCGGCCCACCGAGGGCCGGUCACAUACGCCGUUGCUGGCCAAGCGCGAUGACAGGCAGAGUUACGAUUCGCCCAGUCGGCCAAUGUUGGGCAGGCGGAGGACCUUCCACGAGCGUGACCCGGAGGUGGACGCGAAGCGCGAGACCAAAACGAGAUAUACAUACGCAGCCGCUUUCCUGGCCCUGAGCUUGGUCAGUUUCACGGUGCAGACAGAAACUGCAGUUUACAUUCAGCACAACCUUGGCUGGAACAAGGCCUACAUGAUGCUCUAUUUAACACACGGCUCAUGGGCUCUCCUCUGGCCGACGCAGCUGAUGAUCCUGCGCCUACAAAAAUGGAACAUGCCAUGGCCUACCUUCUGGCGGCGACACGUCCAGAUCUUGCGCAGCACCGCGCAAAUGGUCGAGCACCAAACGCUGCAUCCCACGGCGCGACAGAUCUCCAAGUCGCCCAUUCCUUACAUGCUCAAGGUGACGGCCUUUGUGACCUGCUCCCUGACCGUCGCCGGCGGUUCCUGGUAUGUGGCUGUGGACCUCACGACGGCUAGCGACCUGACUGCCAUUUACAACUGCUCGGCCUUCUUCGCGUACGCCUUCAGUAUUCCCCUACUCCACGAGCGGGUGCGGUGGGGCAAGGUUAUGGCGGUAGCGGUGGCCAUUGCCGGUGUGCUGGUCGUCGCGUACGGCGACAAGAAGCCCAAGAAGCAUGGCAGCAAGUCCGGUGGUGGCACCGGCGGCGACACGGCGCCUGACGAUGCGGAAGCGCAAAAUCGCGCGCUGGGUAAUCUCGUCAUUGGCGUCGGCUCUGUCCUCUAUGGUUUCUAUGAGGUACUCUACAAGAAGGUCGCUUGUCCGCCGGACGGUUGCUCGCCGGGCCGUGGUAUGAUCUUCGCAAACACGUUUGGCAGCCUCAUUGGCGCUUUCACGCUGCUUAUCUUGUGGAUUCCGAUCCCGCUACUGCACUUUUCGGGGCUGGAGACGUUUGCGCUGCCGCGCGGCGAGCAAGCAUGGAUGCUGAUGAUUAGCGUACUCGCGAAUGCCACGUUUUCUGGCUCGUUCCUUGUCCUCAUUUCUCUGACCUCGCCCGUUCUUUCCUCCGUCGCCGCGCUCCUGACCAUCUUCCUCGUCGCCCUGCUUGACCAGCUGCUCCCGCCGCCUCUCUACCAGCCGCUUUCGGCCGCGGGCAUCGUUGGUGGCCUCCUCAUCAUUGCCGCGUUCCUUGUGUUGAGUUGGAGUACGUACAAGGAGAUGGACGAAGAGAGGCGCAAGAAGCUUGAGGAGGACGUCAGCGACAGUGACGCUGAGAGCCGGCUCGGCGACUAA